UACCGAGUGAAUCUCAUUUUAGGAAAGCAUUCAUUUAAUCAUGGAGCGGCUGGCUUUUACAAAGAAGAUUCGGCAAGAAUACAAAUUCACAAUUGCUUUCGCUUUCCAGUUCCUGCUUCUGGUAUGUUUGUUUCAAAUAGUACAGAGGAUUUGUCAUUCUGCUAAGCAGCAGAAUGGCGGAGGCUUCACUGAAAAUACUGCAGGCAGACCUUAUUUUCAGAGAUGACAUGGAGAAAGGAGGAUCUGGUAAAACUCUUCAAAGAAAAUGUCUAAAAAUAAUAUUUCCUGUAACCCUUGCCAAGAUUUAUUGUUGCUUCGCCCUUAUUAUAGUCCUACUUGCAAGUGUGAUUUUGCUGUCUGUUGCUUUGGCAGUGAGAGAGGCGACACCAGUCCUAGAGUUCCCUGUGUGCGCUGCCUGCCCAAAACAAUGGAUUGGGUUUGGAAGUAAAUGUUUUUAUUUUUCUGAAGAGACAAGGAAUUGGACAUUCAGCCAAACUUUCUGUGCCUCAUUAGAAGCUUGUCUUGCUCAGUUUGAAAACCUGGAGGAACUGAAUUUCCUGAAAAGAUACAAAGGCCCUUCUGACCACUGGAUUGGCCUUAGCAGAGAAUCAUCACGUCACGUUUGGAAAUGGACAGACAACAGUGAAUAUAACGUCUCGUGUGUUAUCAAAGGAACUGGAGAAUGUGCCUACCUGAAUGACAAUGGGAUCAGUAGUGCCAGGACCUACGCAGACAGGAAAUGGAUUUGUAGCAAGCCAAAUCAUACCUCUAAGUGCCAACAUAUUUCAAGCCCUUUUUAGCAAUAGAAAAGAUGCAUUGUAAAUUGUUAUAUACAGUUGCUGCUCCACUGCUUGAUCUACCAAAAACAUUACUAGUAUGCAUUCAUAAUAUUUGUUGACAGUAAAGAUGCAAACUCUCAUGGAGUGUAUAAUACAGGGAUUUGGAAGAGCAUGAUUCUAAAUUAAACAGGUAUUGAAUGGCAUUUAUAUUUUGAACACAGAGUAUAAUCAGUGAACUCCUCUUUCCCUAUACAGAUCUUCCUUUCUUUGCAUACAUGGAACCGUAAAAAUGACCAUGCUAGCUGGAACCAUGCAAAACGAUUUUAAUAACCAAGGAGAAAAUAACAAUUGGCCUGUGACCUUUAAAAAAUUUAUUAGCACAUUCAAAAUUCUAUUACUGCCAGUUACAAAUAUAUAGGAAAAUUUGAAAGUACUAAAACUAAUAUUUAUUUUGUACUCUGUAUUUUAAAACAUAGAAACACUGACAAAGUGCUUUUUACAUUUUAAUUCUCAGUGUUUAUGUUUUAAAUUACAGUGCACUAAAUAGAUAUUAUACCUAUGAACAAAUACCAUUCUUUAUUUUACCCUUUAUUGGAUUUAAAAUUCUGCUUUUAUCCCAGAUUAAAUCACAAAUAAUUAAUUACUUGAACUCUUUAAGCAUUCAAUACCAAAUUUCAGAACUGUUUAUAUACUAUUGAGUUUUAGAAACAAAAUGUUUUCAAGUUUUAUAGCAUUAGCUACACUGUACUGAUGAGUCCCAAAAAGGACGAAAUAGCAAUUUACAAUGUAUCUUUUCUGUGUGUACUUCUAUUUCUCCUACUUGUAAUUCUGUUAAAUUUUAUUGUAUGUAAUUUUUUCAUGUACAAUUUUGUGGCCAGUUUGCUUAAAAACAUGUGUAGUCCUUUGUACUAUGGAAUAUGCUUAAUAUCUUCUGAGUUUCUUGGCUUUAAGUCAAGGAAAGUGUAGCAAUGACACAAACUCUCCCCAAAAUAACCUGGAAACAUUUGAGAUGAAGAGUAUCUAUUCUGUAACACAGCAAUGAUGCAAAUUAUAUUUAAACACAUUUGAGGUCAUCAUUCAUUAUACUAAUGUUAUGAUUAAGAGAUAAAUAAACUGGAAAUAGAUUUUGA